UAUAAUGGUGUGUACUGAGAACCGUCUGUUUCCGGAUGACUUCCAGACAUGUGCCGAGGACACCAAAAAAAUGCUCUAAAAAGCUGCAUGUCGGCCGCAGUGCAGUUCAUCCGCAAACAGAAGCGCUGCUUCAUGAGCUGCAGCAGCUGGAGUUGAAGUCUAUGCGUCAGAACAUGAUUGGAUGCUGAAAAAAAUCGGCUUCAGAAGCGUCGCCCUUGUUGUCUUCUGCUCAUUGAGUUUGCCGGCUGUUGAAUCGCAGACAGGGUCGCGGUGUCAAGUUGCAGGUUGUGCAGUUUCAAUUUUUAAAACUCAACACGAGUAAGUUUGACGGCGAGCUCACUCAGAGGGAGCAGGAGUUCCUGAAAAUCCGGCGCGACAGCGACACCAAGGCGGCCGAACUUGUCAAGAUGGAGAAGAUGCUGCGGCAGACCAAGAGCAUGUGGGACAAGAAGACGGAGUCCAGUUCGGAGAGCAUGGUGGAGGACCUGGAGGAAAGAGUACGCUCGAGCAGACGACACAGGAGGAACUCCCUCCAUCACACGCAGAUGCUGGAGAGCCAGAUGAAGACAGUGAAGGGGCGAGCUGGUGGGCACGCUGGACCAUCUCCAGGAGCUGAGGAACGUCUUGCGCCGUUCGCAGGAGAAGGCGGAGGAGCGCAAACUCACCAUGGAGAGGCUGGCGGCCGGGCUCAGGUGAGGAGGCGGCCUUUGAGUUCCAAGACGAGGCUUUGGCCUUUUUUCGAGCUUCAACCCAACGUCUGGCCUGACCCCCCGACACCCCCGACGACGAAGCUGCGCAGAGAUUACGUCACCCCCCCCCCCCCCCCCCCCCAAUACGCUACUGGAAUAGAAGGAAGAGACUGGGAGCGCCGCCCUGGUCUUCACUCAUCGCUGCAGUGA